AUGUAAGAGACGGUGAACAUCGGAUAUUAUUUUAACUGAAUAUUUUUGUUAAAAAGUUUUUUUUAUGUUUUUUAUUGGUGCUGCAACAAGCAAUAUCGGCAUAAGUGUGGUAGCAAUAAAUAAAAAAAAUAGAUGUUAUUUAAAGCAAAUUUCUUGAAAUGAAAGGAUUUGCUUAAUAAAGUAUGAUAACAUUUUAAAAAAUAAAGUGAAUGUGGAUUUUCUCCAGUGACAUUUUUGUCAAAAAGAACUUCUGAAAGUUUAAACGUUUUUUUUUUAAUAUAACGACUCACGUGUAUUGAUGUACUUGUUUUAUCAUUACGCAUAUGUAUCAAUACGUACAAAGAGAAAAUUACCAAUUCUAAAAAAAAAUUGACAAAACAUAAAUACAAACUGUUGGCAAUAGUAUAGAAAUUUUAAGAAUGACGAAACAAGUAAAAGGUCCGAAUCUGACGGCAAUGCUGACGGUGGCGAAGUUGUUAUGAAGUGAAUAACUUAUUGAUUGAUGAGAAAUCAUUAUGGAUCGUAUUAUGGAUAAAGUGAGUUUAAAUAUUGUCUUGGCUUUUCAUUCUUACACAAAAUACCCAUGCUUUGACGGACUGGUUUCGGUGAUAAUGGCGGCAAAUUUUUAUAAAAAUAAUAACAUAUUCUAUAUACCAUACUGGAGAACCAAUGAAAGCUUUCAAAAAAUAAAAAAAGCGGUAAUGCUUCUCGGUACAAAAAAUACAAUGAUUAUAUACAUGGAUUGCUCCCCAGAACUUACAGAAGAGGUUGAUUUCUUGUCGAGUAUAUUACACAAAACAAGGGUUCUAGUAAUUGACCAUCAUUCUGUGUCAAAAAGUUCAAAAAUGAAUGUGUUGCAAGAGUUUUCAAAUUUCACUUAUGUUUUUGAUCAAAAUCGAUGUUCCAGCAUUAUAUCGUACGACCUGUUCAAAUUCAAAGAAGAAGCAGAUUCCUCAAUGAAAAAUCUUCUUUCUUUUGUUCAGUUUACUGAUUAUGACGGUCAAAAUGUUGAUAUCGCUGGAAAGUCUCUCGCUUACAGUCUUGCCCAAAAAACAAUUCAAAAAACUGUACUAAACUUUCCCUAUCUCAAACACAAUGUUGAGAAAAUAACCAGUGCUAAGAUGGAACUCUAUUACCUUUUACGUUAUAUUACACCAAGUUCAAACGAUUGGGAAUUUCUAUACUCCGAAGAGCCAUAUAAAAUGGAAGUUUUUAAUGAAAAAUGUAAUAGUUACCUAUCAUACUGCUUUUCUAUACUUUCUGGAAAUAACGAUAAAAUUUAUUGCGAAGAGUUUAUAAAUAAUUUUAUUGAACUAACAGAUAAACUAGUAUUGACAUUAAAUAACGCUAACACAAAAAAUGUUGAAGUCGUUGGUGGCAUCAACAGUCGUAUUUUAAUCGUAUAUUUAGAUAUUUCAAAGUUCGGAAGAAACCUAGAACCGCUUACAAGAGACGCAAUGAUAAAGACAGGAUCGAAUUUCGCUAUAAUAAUAAAUCCACCAACACAUUUAAAAGAUGGUACUCUAAUGUAUUACUUAUCAUUAAGAAGAGUUAACGAAAGCUUUGAUGCACGCGACUUAGCGGAGUUACUUAAGAGUAAGUGUGGUAGCAACAUUGGUGGAGGACACCCGUGGGCUAGUGGCGUAACAUUCAACCAAGAGCAAUAUGAUUGUUUCAAGGAUAUUUUUUUAACAGAAAUAAACGAGGCACUUGCGUAAUUUUA